GUUUCUAUUUUUACAUGUUCAUAGACAACAAACAAAAUGGCCGUGAAUAAACAAAGUUCUACAAUCAUAACAAUGGCCAUGAUUCUCUUCAAAAUUUGUGUACUGAUAGCGCUGUCUGCCACAUUAACAAAAGGGGAUGAUGCAUGCAGCCAGUGGUCUAAUAUAGCAAAAGCUAUGACAAGCAGGCUACAAACUUGUUCCAAUACCCAAACCAGUAACUGCACCAGACUGGACUGCAGUGGCACAGUUAGUUUUGCUCACAUUCAGCUGUUCAAUUUUGAACUGAAGCUGGGCUAUUGCUUUGGUAUUCAGCUCAACUCCUGCAAUGACCCAGUGUCCAUUGACUUCUACCUACAGGUGCCUAGUAAAAAUGUCAGCAUGAUAACCAGAGUAAAUGAGGACACAUUAAUUAGCAUUCCAGGCAUAUCAAUAUCUCUAGGCCCAGUGGGAAAAGCUGUGCCAAAAUUGAACUUUCGUUUUGAAAGAUCUGCUGAUGGAAAAGUCAUCCAGUACUCAAUCACACUGCUAGUGUACGUGGAGAAUUCCUUCACUACAUAUGAAGUGGACCAGCUCAGACGAAGUCUGAUUGACAACGAGACUCUCCACGCCCUGCCUUGUGACAAGCUUGUUCUUGACACCGCGGGAGUGCCGUCUGGGGCUUUCAACCGCAGUAUAGGAGUGUGUGGGGGUGGGAACAAGAGCUCCGCACCCACUCCAGCUCCACUCUCGACCACUGCCAAACCCUACACACCCUCGGCCACACUCAACAAGUCUUGUGGUAUCCUGUCCAAGCCUUGUGGUCAUCUGGAAAUGUGUGAUGUAUCCAAAAGUCUUUGUGUUUGUCUACCAGAGGCCAUCCUGUCACAAAACAAUGACGCAUGUGUAGGUUUUAGCCAGUAUGGGAGCCCUUGUAUGGCUGACAGUGAGUGCAGUUACCUGAAUGAGGAAUGCAAGUUCUCCUCUCAGCAGGGUCAGAAGGUCUGCCAAUGUGAGGAUGGCUAUGACUACAACCCGGGGACAGAGAGCUGCACAUUCACACAUCCUGGAGACCACAGUGGGCAUGAUAAACAGAACCAAACUUCCAAGUCAGACAACUCUCCUAUGGAUAGCUCUGAUAACAAAGUUGUUAAACAUAAUAUGCCUAUCAUUGUUGGUGCUUCGCUGGGUGGAGCCAUUCUGGUCGGACUCUUAGUUUGGCUAGUCAUGUACUAUCAGCAGCGUCGCCGUAGGCAGAUGUUGGGGAUCUCCUCAGACGAGAGCAGGACACCAAUGCUAAGUAGUCAAGAUGAGGAUAAUCUUAUCAUGUGAUUACAUUCCAGGAGCACAGUUUAAUUACUUGAUUUCAUUCCAUUUCGUUGAUAUUUCUACUAUUUAUACUUAUGUACCAAAUGUUUUUUUUAAACUCUUUUUUUUUUUGUACACUGUAGACCUAUAAUUGACUUGCUUAUAGGUUGUUGUUUUUUUUUCCAAAAAAAAAAAUUCCUCUUCUUUUUGUAUAAGCUUUUUUUCUUAUAUGUAGAUCUGCUUCUAUUUCACCAAUAGGUUUCCUUUUUUUUUUACAAUAAAAACUGUAUAGACCGUUUCAUUCAACUGCAUUUCCACUUUGGCUUUCUUCUUGUAACUUGAAAUAUUAUAUCAAAAUGUGGUAAUGUAGGGAACGAUCUUUAAAAAAUAACCAAUGACAAGCCUUUGUCAGUUGUGUAAUAUUUGCAUAGCAUAAUAGCAUACUAUUCUAAAAGGGAUUUAAGUUAGCUAGGGAUUUUUUGUAUUAACAAGACAUGAGUGACAUGUUAUAUUUAAACAAGAAUGUAUUCACAAAUGUUAUUUGUAUAUAGCUUCAUUUUCUAGUAGCUUGAUAUUCUAAAUUUGAUUAACUCCCUUUGCUUGACUAGCUCCCUUGUUUGUAUCUAACUAUGCAUGUAGUCCUGGUAUAAAAGAUACAUGAUUAUUACUUAUUUGGUUAGCAUCCUUUUUUAAAAAAACUUUUUUUGUAAAUCUUUUUUUUUGUUGCUUUCGAAUGAAUAGUAAAGAAGCUUUGUUGUUGUAAAAAAUAUGUAAAAUAUUACAUAUACAUAAUGGGUUCAGCAGAAUUAUUAAGACUAUUUAUUAUACUGUGUUAUGAGUUUUUUGUUGCAAUCUCAUAUUCCACAAUUUUUUUUAUUUGGAGGGAAAGGAAGCAGGAUGGUUCCCUUUUAUUAUACGUUCUGCUUGAUUAACUCUUUCUCUCCGUAAUUAUUUACCACAUUCUGUUGGAAUCAACGUUGGUAUCGUCAGUUAGGAGAGAAAGAGUUAACAUUCUAAGGAAAUAAACUUCGUCAGUUAUUGUGUAUUGUCAUACACUUAAUGUUUUGCUUCACAGCCUACCAUUUCCUCAAGUGAACAUUCCAUAAAGUUCUGUUAUAUUUUAGGAGGGGGGGGGAUGCGUUAUUCCUUUAUUUUUGUUUUAUUUGUGAAACCGACUUUUUGGGUUCUUUCAAUCAAUCGCAGCACAUGGAUAAAAAUGUCUUUCAAGCUAACUUGUUGAUGUUGUGGAUCUUUGUAUGAUCGUUCAUUUAAUGCUGUCAUGGUGGACUCAAUGGAUUUCUCUUACUAUGUUGUGACUGACACACCUUGAUGUCUUUUUGGAACUAAAUGUUUGUGUAGCUAGCACAUAGUGUGUUUCAUUUAUCAAAAAGUUUUGUCCAGCACACCAUGAUGUAUAAUUUAACCAAAAAGUUUUGUAGCUAGCACAAAAUGGUGGUUUUGUUUAAAAACUAAAUGUUUAGCCGCUAGCACACCAUGAUGUAUUAUUUAACAAAAAAAAAUGUGUGGCUAGCACACCGAGAUGUACUAUUUAACUAAAAGUUGUUUGGUUAUCACACCAUGAUGUAUUAUUUAACUCUGAAAUAUGUUAAAGCUGACAUACCUUCAUGAGUCUCAACAUUUGCAAGUGUUAUAAUAAUAAUAAUAAUAAUAAUCUUUAUUAUCCGUAAGGAAAUUUGUCUUACAUGAUGUUAUGUUGAAAACGUCAUGAUGUCAUGUUGAAAACCUCUCUGAUGAUGCAGAGCAUCACAUCACUUAGAGUUUUAUUGAUUCUCAUCUCUUUGUUGUCAUUAUAAUGUAAUUUUAUUGUUGCAACGUACAGUGAUGCAUCUCUCAAUCUUCUAAGCCACAACCCAAACUUCUGUUGACACUUGCAAUUCAAAGUCUCUUGUGAGCUCCCUUUAUCUACCUUGGAUAUCUCUUUAAAGCCAACUUUACAUCUUGCCACCAAUUCAACAUUUUUUAAAAAAUUAGUAUUUUAUUAAUUUUGUUUACGUCAGUAUUCUCAUAGUAUUUUGACGUAUGCGACUAUAUAUGAUGUCAUUCACCAGUGAAACUAAAAACUAUAUUUUUCUUAGAAGAUUAUAUUUCAGUAAUCUACAAUCUUGCAAGUAUACAGCGAGUAUAAUUUAAAAAGAGUUCUGGUUUACAAAAAAUGAUUAUUUUAUACAUUUAUUGGAGUAGGUGUAUAAAAUGUGUGCACACUGAACAAAUCUUAAAUAAAUCUAUUUGAACCGAUGUGAAUAAAAGCUAGUCACUGUUGAUCCAUUUGCUUUAUCAGAAACUUUGAAAUUCUUUCUAGCUCAGUGCAAACUUACUUCUUGCUCAAGCUCGUGAGACCAAGCGUGCUGUAUUAAAGACGAGCUCUUGACUAUUCUGUAGAGCAGUGUUUCCUAAAUUGUGUUCAGCGGAAUACUAAAAGGUGUUCCACGAACUGCUAGAAUAAUUAGCAAGUAGGCAAAUUAAUUUGUCUAAAAAGAUAUGCAAAUAAUUCCGCUAAAUACUCAGAAUGUGCGAAGUGUCCUGUCAAGGCAAAAUUUUGGUAAACCCUGCUGUAGAGUUAUUGAUGAUGAUUUAUAUAUAUAAACUAAAUAUUUGGAUGCAUCAUCUAAAACAAAGAACUUGCAAACUGUCAUCCCGGAAUGCUCACCUAAAUUAUUUGUGUGUUCUGUUCCAUAUCAGUGUGGACUGUAGACAGCAACAAACUGUUUACUUCUUGUUGUUUUCUUUUUGCCUGUUUUAUUUGUUAAAUGCUAAACCUAACUGGGGGACGUGGUGGCAGAGAGGUAGAGCACUUGGCUUCUAAACCAAGGGGUCUCGUGCCGAAAUCCCUUUAUAAUUUUAAGGGCACCACCAAGACCCACCCAAUUCUAAUGGCUACCUGAUGUAAGAUAGGGAAGUAAAUGCGUUUGGCGGUUGUGCAGGUCACAUGACUGCCGUCACCUUAAUUGUUGGCAAUUGAAACAGAUGACCUUUAAAUCUUCUGCAAUAGCACUAUCACAAGGUCAGCAAGAAGUAAUUUUCUUAACAUGGAUUUUUUUUAGAUGAUGUAAAGGUCAUCUGUUUCUAUGGCCGACGGUUAGUGAGGGUGUCAUGACUGACCGCUUUACUUUCCCUAACUAAUAUCAGGUACCCAUUAGAGUUGGGUGGACUAAACCUUAAAAUCCUGAAAGAAAAAAUCAGAGUUUUCAACAAGAUUUGAACCCCGUACUCCUUGGUUUGGAAGCCAAGCGCUUCAAUUCUUAAGCAGCAUCCAAAGAUUGUAUAACAUAUAACUAACUUUUUGUUUUCAUUCCAAAUCUGUUCUACUAAUAGCCCUAAAUAUAGCUUAAUUUUAUUUAACAUUCAUAUUGAUGUUUUGUAUGAUGUAUUAUGUUAAUUGUUUUAUUUUAUGGAGGUCGGAAUCUUUUGUUGAUCAAAUUUACUAUUUAAUUGAAAGGAAAACAAACACAAUCAAAUCUGUAAAUCAAUGAAAGAAAAUAAAUAUAUUUAUUGUCUCCCUUGAUCUGAGAAUAUGAAAUCUGUUGAAAUUGUUAUAAAAAAUUUAUUUUUUUUCUUUUCAAAAGUUGCCACAGAAAUAAAUUUGAAAGUAUCUGGACAAAGUCACAUCAUUGUGUUACUUGUACAUAAAGUCUUGUAUCUAUUUCAACAAAAAUGUGUUGCUUGUUAAACUAUUUACAAAUAUGUAUUAAAUUUAACUGAUUUUAUUGUCUGGAAAUUAAA